CCGACAAGACUGAGGAUAGUGUGACUUGUCACAAUGCGCGUCUCCAGGCUAGAGCAACGAUGAAUGUCGUCUACGGAGCGCGGCCAGCACAGAGAACGCAGGCACAGCGGGCGGACGGUGUGUGGAUGGAGGAGAUGGUGCGGGGGAGAGGGGAGCGGAGAGUCGAGGGUGUGACGCGUGACAGGGGUGAUGGACGGGGCGAGGCAGCGGCGGCGGUUGUUGGAACGCAGCACUGAGCAAAUGCGGAUGGACACCCUCAGAGCUGCCCUUCCUUCCCUCGACCCGCCCGCUGCUGCCCCCAUGCUCCAGCCUGCCCCGCCCGUCGACCCCCACGCCAUCCGCGUCCUCCUCACCGGCUUCGGACCGUUCCGCAACUUCAACGAGAACCCCUCCUGGCUCGCCAUCCGCCCCUCCACAACGCCGUCCUCCACACCCAGGCACAGCCGGCCGUCCACGAUGACGACGACGAACGACCCCCAGCCCAUCCACAUCACCUGCGCCCAGAUCCCCAUGACCUACGCAGGCGUCCUUGCCACCGUCCCGAGCCUCCACGCCCGCCCGCCCAUCCUGCCGCCCAACAACGAUCCCACCCUGCUCAUGCCGCCUCCCCCGGAGAACGGCUACGACUUCGUGCUCCACGUCGCCCUCGCUGGCCGCGGCCCUCUGCGCUUGGAACGGCUCGCCCACAGACACGGCUACGCGAUGAAGGACGCGGAGGGCGAGUACGCCCCGAGCCUCCCCAAGGACGGCCCUACGCCGACCCCGGAGGCGUCCGAGAUCGAGCGGAUGGAGAUGCACCUGCAGGGCGUCAUGUCGUCUGCAGUGCCCGCGGACGGCCACGGCCACAGCGAUGGCCCUGAGAUCCCGCCCAUUCGUGGCUUUGGAAAGAGCUACGACAACUUCCCGGAGGAGAUCCACUCCGAGGUCGACGUCGCGAAGCUGGUUCAUUUCCUGAAGGAGAUUGAGAUGGAGGAGGAUCCAGAGGAUGCGAUGAGGGUGCGUUCGCUCAAUGUCACUCCCUCUCUGAACUGCCGUCUAAUGCCCCUGCAGAGAGUAUACACGUCGAUGGACGCAGGCCACUAUCUCUGCGACUUUGCGUACUACUGCUCGCUCGCGGAGGCAAAGCGCGUGUCGUCGAAGCAGGAGAAGUCGAAGGACCACCGGGGAAGCCCCGCGAAGAGCACGCCCGUCCUCGCGAUGCACUGCCCACCCGUCAACCAGCCGCUCAGCACCAGGCACGUCACGGAGGCGAUUAAGAUUGUCCUGGUGCGGAUAUGCAGCCAGCUGACCCAGUAGUCUGAAUCUCUCCGGGCAUAUCAUGUUGUUUCACCUUGUGUCUCUAGUAUACUUGCUCUCGUCGUUAUUCAUUGGGUAUCCUACGGCAAUGUAGCGUGCGGCCUCAGGACCUGGGGUCCUGGAUUGCGGCUCACUGGGUGUGGCUUAGAUAGCUCCUGGAGGUUGUCUGCGAUAUGUGCUGUUCAUUUGGUCGCGGAAAUGUCAUCAUUCAAAUUGGGUCU